AUGAGCUCUAAUAUCAAGAAACGAAGACUCAAUUCCGAGUCUGAGGGUACCACAGAUACGCAUCAAGAACCCCCAGCACUCCCACAGUCAGCUCCAUUGGCAACGCCCAAAAAAGAAACUCCGGCCGCUUCUCAAUCCAGUGCUGGCUCCGAUCACAAACCAGUCUUUGGCGCAUCGAGCACCUUCGGCAAGGCAUCUAUUUUCGACAAUAUCAAAAGUGGCAAGAAUGUUUUCGACUCGCCUCUGAAAAACCUGCAACCAGAUACUUCAGGCGCUGUGCCUGCUACUCCCACCACUUCCUUUGGAAGUUUCGGAGGACUGUUUGGUGCCAACACAAAGUUCUCGAACGCAUUCCAGAAGGCUUCACAGAAGAAGUCUUUCUUAGACGAACCUGAGGUUUCCAAGGGACAGCCUGAAUCUCCUGCUGCAGCUGCUCCUACUCAACAAUACAAGCAAGUGGACUUGACAGCAAAGGAAGUGAAGACUGGAGAGGAAAACGAACAAUUUAUUUUUUCCGCUACUGCCAAGCUCUUCGAAUUGUCAUUCGACCGCAUCUCUGACGGCUGGAAGGAGCGCGGUGUCGGACCUCUACAUUUGAACAAGUCAAUUGAGGAUCCAUCCAACAUUCGUAUAGUCAUGCGUUCGCAUGGCCUCUUACGUGUGAUUCUCAACUACAAGAUCACAUCAUCUACUAAUCUUAUCAAGGGUUUGGAGUCGAGUCUUUCGCCUGGUAAAUUUCUUAGAAUCAACUCUGUCAGCAGUGCUGGUACUCCAGUGCAAUACAUGCUUAAGUUCUCUGACCAGGCCGUGAGAGAUGAAUUGUGCGAAAAGGUGGCUAGUUUGCAAUCCGGCGUGGAGACUACCCCAUCUGCAACUGUAGAUGAGACCAAAGCGCAGGCUAAGGUUUCUAAUUCUGACCCGGCCGAGCCAACAACUGAUGUUGACUCCGAACCUGAGGAUGAUGAUGCUGAAGAUGAUGAAGAAGAAGAUGAAGAAGAUGAAGAUAAAGAAAAGAGGGAUGAUGCCGUACAAGAUGAAGCCAACAAAGAAGGCGCAACUGGCAAGUAA